AUUCUUGCUGGUACAAAGUGUCUGUUAUCAAUUAGUAUCAUCAAGAAUGUUUGUGAGUUGAAAUGCACAACGGGAAUGUGCAUGAUAGAGGCCAUUGCUUCUUAUCAUCCUGUGUCAGUAUGUAUGAUUUACUUUUUUCUGUCUGGUGAUUAUGAGAAGUAGACUUGUAAUCACGAUGAUCUUCCAGUGGACAUUUCUUGUUCUGUGCGCCCUGAAACUUUUCAUAAAUUUCCCAACCUGUGGUGCCCAUGACCUCGUCCUGCCUUCGAACUUGGAGAAUGACGAGGGCGGACGCAUUUUGCUAAUGUUUCAGGGUUGCGGUGUAAAGACAAGUCUUUUCAACCUUGGUCUAAGACUAGGUGAGAUACUAAGGUCAGAAGGCUAUAACGUGACCUUCAUGACUGUAACCCUACCGGGUGAUCAGAAUGAGGUAGAUGAUGACAGCGAUCUUGGUGGUUUUUCCAGGGUUGACAUUCAUUCCGAGGGUGUGAUAAACGAGUGCCAUUCCUUGAAGGACAAAAUAUUAUCAAUGAGUGGAAACAGGAUAGUUGGCAUGCAGCAACUCUUAGGUCUUCUGAAGCCUCAGAGAAUCCUCUGUGAGGCACUUCUGGCAAACCAAACCACGAUGGCUCAUCUCAGGAGCCUUGAACUUGACAUGAUUAUUAGUGAGUCCUUUGGUCCUUGCCACGUAAUCCUGUCCCAUCUUCUUGGUGGAAUUCCGAUCGCCAAUUUUUUAGUCGUGUCUCCAACUAUUCUUCCCCAUGCUCUAUUUUCUCAAACAAUUAUGGACCAAACAUCUAUCCUUGGGAGACUCCAAUCAACUGCCGAGAUGAUGAGCAUCCAUCUAUUCUAUCAUAGAUUAUGGAGUUUCUACAGCGAGAUUGCCAACAAACAUGGCAUCUCUGAACUAGGGAAUAUCUUUGAAUUUUCGUCUUCAUACGCUAAUGCAUCUCUUUGGUUUCUGAAUGCUGACCUUGUCCUUGAUUACCCUUUAACUCUGCCACCAAACUUUGUUUUUUUAGGUGAUCUCACCUCCCACCCACCUCAUCAAAUUGUUGACCAAAGUCUUCGCCUGGCCAUAGCUGGUGCUCGCUCCAAAGGCAACAUCGUUGUCGUUUCCAUCAAUACCUUAGCUCGUCAGCUGAAGGAAACGACUGAAGAGGCCAUGGUGGAAGGGUUGUCCAGAGUGCCCUUUCAGAUUCUCUGGCGGAAAGGUAGACCGGAAGUUCAGACAUCACCGACCGACAAUAUUCAUUACACUGGAUGGAUAAAAAAUAAUGACAUGAAUGAUCUCCUCGGUCUGAACGAAACUGUUGCCCUCGUCACUACGGGAGGGCGUUGUGGUAUAAUGGAAGCGAUUUACCAUGGAGUACCGGUGCUUUGCAUCCCUCUGAUGUCUUCUGAACACCAUGAAAACUGCGCCAAAAUCAAGAACAUCGGCAUGGGGAUCAUACUGGAUAUCGAUUCCUUGACGGAAAAUGACGUUUACAAUGCAGUCGCGAAGCUCACGCUUGACAAAAGUUUCCAGACGAAUGCACAGAGAGCGUCACGCACCUUUAAGUCGAAGCAGCAAUCUGCUGGAAAACGAGUUGAAUUCUGGGUAAAACAUGUCCUCCAGAAUGGAGAUGGACACCUGAGGAACGUCGGAUCUGGAUCGUUCUUUAGUUUAAUACAAUAUGCGUGUCUAGAUCUCAUCAUUCAAUUAUUUAUAUUAACUUUCAUUGCCAUUCUAAUAUAUCGUAAGAUGAAACAGUGAACAAUCAGAAGUCUUGAAUACACUAUGUUUUAAUUGUUAUGAUAUUCAUUAUAUCAAAUUGGCAAUCGGGCGUAACGAUUGUUGUAAGUAAUACACUUUUUUAAUUCGAAGCGAUUCAAUCUCCCGUUUAAAUUACAGACGCACUUAGUUUGAAAUUGAUUGAAAGUAUAUUGAUGCUGUAGACAAUAUACCAUAAUUUCAAUCUUUAGAGUUUAUCGUACUUAAGAUAAAAUGAGUAAACGGAAGCGAUUUGAUUCUGAAAUAUUGUCCCCCCCUCUAUAAUUAUAUACCUCUCAUUUUUAUAAGGGGAAGUGUAUUAGCUUUGAACCCCCCCCCCCCUUGUACUCGUCUUCUGACUCCAUCAUAUAGAAUGUUUGAUGAUUUCCCUCCCUACAUCAUAUCCGCACGUCAAGAUACCCUUUUUUUACCUUCUCUAAUAUUCUUUCCAUUUUUUCAAAUGGAUUUCUUACGAGAAAGGACGUUGUGACACAGAGUGAACACUAAGUCACUGUGUUCAAAUUCCGUGAAUUGACAAAGUAAUUAUGAUGAAUCGGAGGAUGUUAAAGGGGUACUCCGGGCAAAAAAAUCAUAAGAUUUGAAAAGAAAAAUUAUACAAAAAAACAUUGAAAAUGUAAUCAAAAUCGGACAAGGAAUAACAAAGUUAUAGCAUUUUAAAUAUUUGCAUUAUUCCGAUGAAACAGUUCAAGGCAUGUCUUCAUGAAUAUUCAAUGAGCAAACUGAUGAUGUCAUAUCCCCACUUGUUCUUUGGUAUUUUAUAAUAUAAAAUAAGGUUUAUUCAAUUUUUUCAUCCAAGAACUGAAAAGAUUUUAUUGACAACUGAUUUGGUGCAUUAGAUAUUCAUUGCUGCAACUUAUUUCUUUAUAAAGGAGACAUACCAUUCACACAUGUAUGAAAAAAUGAAGCAAUUAUGAUUUCAUGUAAUAACAUAAGAAAAAGGGAAGUGGGAAUAUGACAUCAUCAGCCCACCUAAAUAAUAUUCAUGUCUAUGUGCAUAUUACUGUUAUUGCGCAACUUUAAAAUUCAAUAACUUCGUUAUUUGAUAUCAGAUUUUGAUGAAAUUUUCAGCAUUUCGCUUUGUGAAUUUACUCUAUUUUAUUAAAAUAUAAAUAUUUUCAACCCGGAGUACCCCUUUAAUAGCUUUGUGGUUACAUUGGGUCAACUAUGUUCUUUCCUGUAGGAAAAUAAAUCCCUUUGAAAAUAACAAAUAUGAAAAAUCAAACACAAACAAAAACAUAUACAUAAAACUAGAAUAUAAUGAUCACGUAACUUAAUAGUGAUUACAGCCCGCACCCACCCCCAUUAUGGCCCAUACACACACACACCACAUUCACAAGAACACACACAAUAAUACUGCACUCGCACAAGAACCAACAUUGUAUGAUUAUGUAACAGUUGUAGCCGACAUAAAAUAAAAGGACCAACAAAGACUUGUA